GGGAGGGGAGGAGAGGGCAGGUCCUGCCCUGCCCUCCCGGGCCGGGGUGGUGCCGUGGAAAAAAAGUUGUGGCGGCUUCAGAGCGGGGCGGUGCGAGCCGGGAGCGCGUGUGGGUACCUGGUAAAGCCGGCGGCUUCAGAGAAGAGCAGCCCCAGCUCAGUACUUCCUCCUGCCGAUAAGAUCUUCGCCAGCGCUCGUCACGGGUGGCGGCCGCCGCCGUCGCUGCCCUACUUGACUCGGUUUCAGACUCCUCCCGAGCGAGCCGGGAGCGCGAGAGCGGCGAGGCGGCAGGGAGGAGGCGAUGCGCGGGGCCGCGCCGCUCCGCCCGGCCCCCUCCGCCCCGCGCAGCCCCGCUCCCUGCGCUGCGGGCACGGCCAGCCGGGCGGCGGAGCUGCGGCGGCAGCCGGCAUGGGGACCUUAGGCAAGAGGAGAGAAAACCAGCAACCCUCCCAAGCAUGCAGCACUGCCCCUGAAUCAGCGCUGGAGCUGCAGCAGGGCAGCCACUGUCCCAGCCUCUCAAAUCACACUCAGGUCAUGAUGGUGCCCUUGGGGCACCUAGCCAAAGGAGCCACUUUGGAAGACCUUCUUGAAACCUGCAUUCAGUCUUUUGAUUUAGAAGGAAAUGCAUGUCAAAACAACCAGCUGCUAAAAAUAAUUCUGGCCAUGCAUCAGUUUUUCAUCUCCUCUGCAGACAUGCUUCAGAAACUCGUUGAUCUCUAUCUGAAUGCUUUAGAAAAUAACUCUUCCAUGCUGUGUGUAAAGAUAUGCUAUUUUGUGAGGUAUUGGAUUACAGAGUUCUGGAUCAUGUUCAAAAUGGACUCUAAACUAUCCACAGCUAUGGAGGAAUUUCAAGAGGUGGUUCGAGCUAAUGGUGAGGAGUUACAUUGUCGUCUAAUUGACACAUCUCAAAUAAAUUCCAGGGAUUGGUCUAGAAAGCUGACACAGCGUGUAAAGGCCAACACCAGUAAGAAACGGAAAGUCUCACUUCUUUUUGAUCACCUUGAGCCAGAGGAGCUGUCAGACCACCUUACCUAUCUUGAGUUUAAGUCUUUCAGAAGAAUAUCAUUCUCAGAUUAUCAGAACUACAUUGUGAAUAGUUGUGUGAAAGAGAAUCCAACAAUGGAAAGAUCCAUUUCUCUUUGCAAUGGAAUCUCUCAGUGGGUGCAGCUAAUGGUUCUCAGCAGACCAACACCACAGCUACGGGCUGAAGUGUUCAUCAAGUUUAUUCAUGUUGCACAGAAGCUCCACCAGCUGCAGAAUUUCAACACAUUAAUGGCAGUGAUAGGAGGUCUCUGUCACAGUUCCAUUUCCAGGCUCAAGGAAACAAGCUCAUAUGUUCCUCAUGAUGUAAUUAAGGUGUUUAAUGAAAUGACAGAAUUACUUUCGUCUUACAGAAAUUAUGAUAGUUACCGACGUGCCUAUAACGAGUGCAGUAACUUUAAGAUCCCAAUCCUUGGGGUCCACCUGAAAGACCUGAUAUCCCUUUAUGAGGGCAUGCCAGACUACUUGGAGGACAAAAAAAUUAAUGUAUACAAACUAUAUUCUCUGUAUAACCACAUAGAUGAGCUGAUUCAACUCCAGGAAAUGCCACUUCCCCUGGAGGCUAAUAUGGACCUUGUUCACUUGCUUACACUGUCCCUUGAUCUUUACUACACAGAAGAUGAAAUUUAUGAACUUUCAUAUGCACGAGAGCCACGAAGUCACCGAGCUGCUCCUAUGACACCUUCUAAACCACCAGUAGUUGCAGACUGGGCCUCAGGAGUGGCCCCAAAACCUGAUCCAAAAACUAUCAGCAAACACGUUCAGAGGAUGGUAGAUUCUGUCUUCAAAAAUUAUGACCAUGAUCAGGAUGGAUACAUUUCCCAAGAAGAAUUUGAAAAGAUUGCUGCCAGUUUCCCAUUCUCAUUUUGUGUAAUGGCUAAGGACUGGGAAGGUCUGAUCAGCAGGGAUGAAAUAACAGCUUACUUUAUGAGGGCUAGCUCAAUCUAUUCCAAAUUAGGACUUGGCUUUGCUCACAACUUCCAAGAGACCACUUACUUAAGGCCCACUUUCUGCGACAACUGUGCUGGAUUUCUGUGGGGAGUCAUUAAACAAGGAUACAGAUGCAAAGACUGUGGAAUGAACUGUCACAAGCAAUGUAAAGACCUGGUUGUGAUAGAGUGCAAGAGAAGACCCAAAGCUUCAGUUGCAGACAGCAGCACCACAUCUGCUCUUGCUUCAAGCCUCUGCCCAGUAGGAGUCAAAGAACAAUUCCACGGACAAGAAGAAGGGUCAUUCACCUUUCCUAAUGGAGAAGUAGUGGAGCACAGUGAAGACAGCAAGGAUCGAACCAUUAUGCUCAUGGGUUCCUCAGCUCAGAAAAUCUCAGUGAGACUGAAACCAGCUGUGAUUCAUAAAAGUACCCAGACUGAUCCUGUCCUGCUGGCUGGUGAUGUGUGCCGUAAGCGGAGAGAGAAGAAAGAACACAGGAUGCCAGAAAAUCCUUACCUCCAGCCAGCUUCAGCAUCCACGUUUCCAAGCCCAAUUCUAGGCCGCAGAAAGGCAUUUGUUAAAUGGGAAAACAAGGACUCCAGCCAGAAAAUUAAGGAGGAGCAUCACAGCUGUAAACCCUCAUACCAGGAACUUGAGCAGGAAAGGAAUAUUCUAAAGGCAGACAAUGAAGGUUUAAAGAUCCAACUGGAACAGGCACAUAAAACAAUUGAAUCUCUCACAAUCCAGAAAAGAAAUCAUGUAGUUGACAGUCUACAACACAGAGACUGCUCCUAGCAGAUGAGAGGAAAAUCUCCUAUGGAAUGGAAGAAUGUAAGACUGAAGAAUGAAAGAGGGGCUGUGAUAAAGCUGCUUACCAAGUGAAAUGGAGAGAGAAUCUGAAGGAUGUUAAGCGGAAAUGUUCUCUUUACUCAACGGAUUUAUCUUUUAAAUAUGCACUCCCAAAUAUAUAAAAUCAUUCCUUUGACCUUGUAAGGUAAUUUAGCAUUAUCUGUGCAAUGAAAAUAGUAACUUCUGGGUUUGCUUUUAAAAGGAGUGAGAGUGUUGCUGAAGUCUUUGUUCAUGUUGAAGACCAUAUUGAUUUCCCAGUGACUUAUCUGGCUGCCAGCAGCACAGCUCACUGUACAAAUGUUCUGACAAAGUAGCUAUUCAUCAGACUGUGUCACCUCAAAUUUGGCCCAAACUCAGUUUUGUAGAAACAAAUGUUUGAUAAAGCUGAGUAAGUAAAACUGUAGAAAUACUACAUCAAGAAAAACAAUUCCCUCGUAGAGCUGAAACCAAUUGAAAACAUGAAGUGAAUGGUCACAUUUAAUUCCAAAAAUUAACAAGAACAUUAAAAUAAGUAGCUAAGCUAAUGAUACAUGAUUGGUCCGUACACUUGAAGAUAAACUGACAGGUUUUUUAAACAUCUUUCAGAGCUUUAGAAAUUCUGCUGCUCAAAUACUUUACCUUUAUUAAGGUAACAGAGGUGCGACUAUAGAGACUUGACAUUGAAUACUGCUUCCAUUUUUUGUGUUCCAUGCCAUGACUUGGAACAUUUAAUUCCACUUAUUUGGCUUAAGGGUCACUUUUUGUCCCCAUUUCUCUCAUGUCAAAGCAGAUGCCAUUGUUGAGCAGAACCUUAGGGCCAUAUUAUGAGGGAAACUGUACAGCAAUCCCUGUGCAAUAGCUACUGUAUUUCAGAGCUCCUAACAUUUUCUCUCUCCUAGAUCUCACACGCACUUUACAUAAAGAGUCGAGAUGAGUGUGCUCCUACGUCUGUAAAUUUUGUAUAGUAAAAGAUGCAAGGGAGGUAACUUAAAGACACACAGUGUACAUAUUGUUAAGGGAAAAUAAAAGUUUUCAAAGUUACUGAAAAAGGAACUUUCAAAACUCUGAAAGACUUUCAAAAGUCUUUCAAGUUACUCAUAAAUCUACUUGUCAAAAUAGCCAAUUUGAAAAUUGCAUUUGCAUUCCAAGGGAAUCUGUACACCUUGGUUGUAUAAAACUUUCUUGUAUUUAUCACAUAUUUGUCAUCACACAUACGAACAUCAGAAACAAAGUCCACUUAAUGCUCAACACUUGUAAGUUACCAGGUCCAUUAUAGAUUGAAAUUCAGUCAAUGACAAUAGCAUCUGUGUUUUCUGUUCAAAGUGGCAUGUACAUUCCAUCCACAAUUUCCAUUCAUUAUCAAGUAUAUGAAUGCUUUAUUUAUAAAGUUAAAUUGAAACUACUUGUCAGUUAUAGUGAUUCAAAAUUCUUGUUUUGAAAUUAGAUUGUGCUUGCAACUCCAUGUAGAAGUAAAAAUAAAUGGAGGGAAUGAGUUGUUAGUAAUAGUAGAUUUUCUGUAACAUUACUGUAAAUAACUGAAAUGCAUAGGAAAAAACAGCUCUGAAGACUGUGCAGCUUUUUUAACUCAUACACUAAACCUGAAUUAUUAACAAGUAACAUGGAAUUGCACUUUGAUCAGUGAAGCAAUCAGAAUGGCUGUCAGGUCACGUCUGCAAACUUGGUUCACCCCUUUUCUGUGAGCCUCUUGAUUUUGUCCUCUAUUCAGGGAACUACAGCAAGGUGUACUUCUAAUAGGCAUUUAGCAAAUAAAAGUCUCUUUCUACAAAUAUUAAACAAGAUAUAAAUUGAAUAUAUUUUCACUUAUUUAAAAAAUACCGCAGAGGAGCAGCUAAGACUCAUAAAUCUUGUACAGCUAAGGUAAGUGCUCACUGCUGGUCUAAACUCUGGAUUUGAAUAGAAUUUGUGUGUAUAGAUAUACUUUGUCUGUAAGGGAGUGUAGAGACCAUGAACAAAAUCUCACAAUUAAAAGGAAAAUUCCCUAACAUCAGCAGCUGGCCCAAAGAGUACUUACUUAAUACUCCAAACUAAGUUAUGACCACAGAUUUGUACAGUCCUGAGUGCUAAUUUAAUGUUUCUCUGUAAAGUUUACUUGUUCAAUCUGAAAGAUUUAAAAGGGAUAUGUUUGCAGGAAUGUCAUAUGGAACAAAUGUGCAGUGCUUCAUGUGUGCUGAAAACUUCCUGCUUCAAAGAAGUCAGUUGAUACCUGGAUAACUUCAGAGCUCUCUAAGUACCUUCAGGUUCUCUGUUUGCCCAAAAUCCCUAGCAGUUAUUUCAUCCAUCCCACCCCACCCUUUUUUUUUUCCCUCUUAAGUGAUGUUAGUCCCUUCUUUUCUUUUGGGACUUUCUUUUUCCUGCAUGGAAGACUUAACAGUAGAACCUGACUACAGGGAAACUGUUAAAACUGACAGUGAAAGAAUCACUUGCCUCUGUGUUAAUCUUCAAGCUGCUUUAUGUUAGGAAAAAAAGACACAAUUAAAAGUGUUGUUUAGAAGUCGUGUUAUCAAACAGUGAUACAGAAAUUUAUCUUGUUUUGGCUAAGUUAAAUGGGAACACUCACCUCUUCCUUCUCUAGGUCCAGCUGUAGUUACAAGGCGGCAGAAAGAACCAGCACCAUUCCCCAUUUGUUUUUAAGCGUGAAUUCUGAUUGUUUAAAGAUAAGAGUAAAUAGGUUGAGUAAUAUCAUCAUUAAGAAGGCAGGGCUACUGUUCAUAUUCAGGUUAAAUACACUUGCUUUUAGAUUAGUUUAUAUAUGUUUUGGAAAUACGUUUUUGUUCUAGGAGCAUCUGUUAUUUGUUGUAACUGAUCUCUGUGGCAACCUGAAAAAGUUUAAUGCUGUCUGAGAAGAUUGGAAAAGUGUACAGAUUGUAAAGAUUUUAUAUAAACUGUAAGAUUUUGGUUUAAUAUUUAUAAAAGAAAAAAUAUUAAAAUUGCAUUUCAUGCCUCUGAUUUUGUAUCUCAGAGAAAUCUAUACAACCUAUAUUCAUCUUCCUUGACUGUCAUCUGAGACCCUUCUGCAGCAUUAACCUAGUCUCUAGACCAGCUUCACCU